GUAGUAAAAGUGGUUGAAAGAGAUCAUUGGGAAAUGAAAUAAUCCUAUGCAUAGUCAGUGGGCUGGCUAUAAUCAGGCUUUUAGGGGACUUGGUUUAGGGUGGCUGGGUUUUAUGCAUGUCUCUAUUGGACUGAGAUACCGUGUAAAAAAAAUACAGCGGUGAAAAUAUUCGGGUGCAAAAAAAUCAGCACCGACGUAGCUUGUUUUGUAUUGGAAUAAUAAGUAUAAAAAGGUUGAUAUUUUGGUGGGGUAUGGGUAUGUGAAAAAUACUCAAGUGGCUUCAAAUCUGCUGAUUGGAUAGGAAUAUAGAUAGAUGUGAAUAUUGAAUGGAUUAUAUCUGCACUGUGGUUGGAUUUGUGUGAACAAACAUGGUUCUUCAUUGAUGUAAAUCUGAAGUUGGGGAAAUAAAAAUAUAUUUCUAGUAUUGAAGUAGUUUUAAAAAAUGUGAAGAAGUUAGAUACACACACAAGAUCAUAACAGUAAAAAGGAAGCCUGUUGGAAAUAAAAUCCGAAUAAGAAUUUUAAUUACCUUAAAUAUACAAAAUAAUUAAAAUUAAAAAAAGUGUUAUUUGCACAUUAUGAACAUGGGCAGAAAUUAUUGUGACAUAAAAAUUAUGUACAAAUUGUCACAUAACCAACAGAACCAUUUGACUUUUUUGUUUUAAUACAAUAUUUAAAUAUAUGUAGUACUCUGAACGUAUUAUUUCGAAAUGUACCAAAAUAAAUAUAUGCAUAACCAUGAAGCAUGUGGGAUAAGACUAUUGUGUUUCAAGACAAUAAUGAGUUAAAGUUCCAAAGGUUGUUGUGAAAAAUUAACUGUAUAGUUUAUUUUCUCAUGAAAGUGUGAAUACAAUUAUCAAAGAGAAAUUGAAUCUUUGGAGUGAGUAUGGGGAAACGAAAAAUGCGCCUUUAUAUCAGCAGGCGCAAAAAAGGGAGCAAGAAUAGUGACAAAGGUGACCUUGAUUUUGACCCCCAGAAAAUGAACGGUACCCUGCAAGAUGGAGAGAUACUGUGCUCUUGUUCACCUGCGUCAAAGUGUGAUCAGCGGGACUCCUGCCAAACCAAGCAUGGGUGCUUCAAGGCAUUUAAGCUAGAACAUGGCUACAAGCAAGUGACGCUGGGCUGUAAUGCUGCACAGUUUCACCAGUUAGCCAUGUGCAAUACCGAGUACAAGUCGUACACAGCUGUGGCCUGCUGCAACAACUACACUCGAUGUAACAGUGACCUCAACCCACAGCCUGUGCCACAAACUGUUGUGCCUGCACUGCCAAGCGUUCGCAGUGAGAGCCUCAAGCUGAUCCUAGCAGUGUGCGUGCCAGUGAUGGCGCUGUUCCUGCUGCUGUGGGCACUGUGGCUGGCCUGUCGCUACUACCACAAAUGGAGGGCUGGGUCAGGCCUAACCAAGGACCAGUGCCUACUGAGGGAUGGGGAGUUGAGGUCAGAGGCCAUGGGAGAUGGUUCACUCAGGGAGCUGAUAGAUGAGUCAUGCACCAGUGGGUCCGGGUCGGGACUGCCUGUGCUCGUUCAACAGACCGUGGCCAGACAGGUACAGCUGCUGGAGUGCAUAGGCAAGGGUCACUAUGGUGAUGUUUGGAAGGGUAAAUACCAUGGAGAGAUCGUGGCAGUGAAGGUGUUCAUGACACACGACGAGGCGAGCUGGCGUAGAGAGACCGAGAUCUACAACACCUGCCUGCUCAGGCAUGACAACAUACUGGGCUUCUAUGCCAGUGACAUUACCUCACGUAACUCAUGCAGCCAGAUGUGGCUCAUCAUGCACUACCACCCAGACGGCUCCCUGUACGACCACCUCCAGUACAACGCCCUUGACCACGAGGCCAUGCUGAGACUGCUCCAUAGUGCCUGUGCUGGCCUGGUCCAUCUGCAUACAGAAAUUCUCGGCAACAAGGGUAAGCCUGCCAUUGCUCACCGAGACAUAAAGUCGAAGAAUAUCCUGGUUAAACGUGAUGGCACAUCAUGCAUCGCUGACCUGGGAUUGGCUGUCCUGCACAAAUGUGAAAACAACUCCCUUAAUCUAGGUGCCAACAACAAGGUGGGCACGAAGCGUUACAUGGCCCCAGAGCUGCUGGAUGAGACACUGAACCCCAAAGUGUUUGAGAGCUUCAAGUGUGUCGACAUCUACGCAUUCUCACUGGUCAUGUGGGAGGCAGCGCGACGGUGUUACUCUCAAGGAAUGGUUGAAGAAUACAAAGUACCCUUUUGGGAUGUGGUGCCAUCCAACCCAUCAUUUGAGGACAUGCGCAAGGUGGUGGUGGUAGAACAUCAGAGACCUAUUCUCCCUAACAGAUGGGCCUCAGAUUCUAUUUUGGCGCCCCUGUCUCGCGUAAUACGAGAGUGCUGGAACCAGAAGCCAAAGGCGCGGUUAACGGUCCUCAGGUUGAAAAAGACUCUGCGGAAACUUUGGGAGGACGCUCAAGACGAGAAAUUCAUUGACAAGAGCUCGCUACGUGAUAAGAUCAACUCAGAUCAAAUCAUUGAGAAAAUAGUUGAGGUUUGAUAAAGGAUUUUUAAAGUAUCAACUUGUUUUGAAGGAAUUGAUUGCGUAAUUAGAAGUGAUGUUUGAAAGUGUUUCAUUUGAAAUGAUCAAGGCAAAGGAAUCGAUUCCGAAAAAAUGGAUUGUUGGUUAAUAGUGUAUAUUCAAACAGAUGAAAUGUUGAAAUUUAUGAGUUUAUCGAUACGUGUUUGGUAUUAGAAAGCAUAUCUUUUAAGUGAUCAAUUUUGUAAUAUUGAUUCUAAACACAAUUUUUUGGUUGAAAGGAGUGUCAAUUUAAUCAGAUGAAAUCUGAUAGAUUUAUUGAGAAGUUUAUGUUGUUUGACAACAAUUGUUUAUAGAUCAACCUUCAAGAAAUCAAAUGAAGACAAAUUGUUGUUGAAAGGGUGUACUUUAAAUAGAUGAAAUCUGGUGAAUUUGUAGAGAAAGUUUUGGUGUUACACUCAGCAAGAACGUGUGGGACUGAUUUCAAUGAGAUAGGUUCAGAUGAGGUCAGUUUAUGUGUCUCAACACAAAUGGACAAAAACGGAUCAAUUCAUUGAGAAAAUCGUUGCUGUGUGACAAUAUCAUCAUUGUUUUAUAGAGUUUCUAUAUGUUGAUUAAAUGCAUGGAACUGACAAUUGACGUGAGGACAAUUUGGAACAGUUCAGGGCUUGUAACAGAUAAUGGUUUCGGACAAUGCAUAAUUGAGGACCAAUGAACUGUACAUUUAUGAUAGAGGUUUGUGUGAGUUGUGGUCAGUAUACAUGAUUCCUCAGGAAUAUAUGAGCCGCGCUCCCUGAAAGGGGGUUUAAUGCAUGUGCGUAGUGUUUGCACAGGCUAUUCAUGGACGACCCUUUCUGCUUUUAUUGUAUUUUCGUGACGAAAAUCCAGUUUAGGCGGAAAGUGUCGUCUCUGAUAAGCCUGUGCUCAUAAUCUGGGACAACACUUUACACACAUGCAUUUAAACACCAUUUGUACAGAUGGCGGCCCAUAUCAAUUCAAGGUAAAUUUGGGUGUGCAUUUUUGGGUCAUAGUUACUAUGCAAAAUCUAUUAUUUCUGUUCAUAAAUGGGAACAGUAUAAAACAUGUAAGCAAUACUGUAGUUUACAUUUUAAUGUUUGCUGUUCAGUUCUAUACAUGACUGAAGACUUAAGGAAUUUACUGCAUGACACUUGACCAUAUACUGACCAUUAUCUGGCCAGUCUGUGACACUUGACCAUUCUCUGGCCAGUCUGCGACACUUGACCAUAUACUGACCAUUCUCUGGCCAGUCUGGGACACUUAAGCAUAUACUGACCAUUCUAUGGCCAGUCUGUGACACUUGACCAUAUACUGGCCAUUCUCUGGCCAGUCUGUGACACUUGACCAUAUACUGACCAUUCUUUGGCCAGUCUGGGGCACUUGACCAUAUACUGACCAUUCUCUGGCCAGUCUGGGACACUUGACCAUAUACUGACCAUUCUCUGGCCAUUCUGUGACACUUGACCAUAUACUGACCAUUCUAUGGCUAGUCUGGGACACUUGACCAUAUACUGACUAUUCUCUGGCCAGUCUGUGACACUUGACCAUAUACUGACCAUUCUUUGGCUAGUCUGGAUAUCUUGUGAAAACUGAAAUAAUUAUUUUUAUUUGCAAUCUUUGGAACUUUAUAUACUUAUGUCAUUAAGAUAAUCAUUGGUUGUGUAAAAUGAACUUUGACAUUUAUAUUGUAAAUAUAUCAUAAUCAUUGGUUGUGUAAAAUUAACUUUUACAUUUAUAUUGUAAAGAUAUCAAUCAGUUGUGUGUAAAAUACAUGUAAAUAAAACAGUUGUACAUAUCUUGUUAUAUUUUAGUGUCAUGGUGCAUAUUAUUCUUGUCAUUGUCAAAUUAGAUUGUGUUAUUUCUUUUGUAAUAAGUUUCUUUUUGAACAAUAUAUUUAACCCUUUCCCACUCAAAAGGAAAGUGAAAAUGACUAUGUGCAAACAGCAUAAAACCGGAACAGCCUGCGAGUGACUCGCAGUCUGUUCAGGUUCUAUGCUGUUUGCUGCUCAUCAGCAUCUAAGGGUUGGAAAUGAAGCCUUAAGAACUUAAAUCUAGUAAGAAAGGUCUUUAAUUAAAUUUAACUUUCUUAGGCACAACAAAUGCAUUAAAAUAAGUUUGAUGGUGGUAGAGAGUUAAGAUUUUAAUUAACCUGUUUAUGCCUAGCGUCUAGAAAAAAGGCCUUGGCAAACAGCGUAGACCCAGAUGAGACGCCGCAUGAUGCGGCGUCUCAUCUGUGUCUCCGCUGUUUGCUUAAAGUAAUUUCUGUAAGAAAUAUUCUAAAUAUAAAAAUAAGUAUACUAGACAUCCCUAAUUUUGGAAAUACAUUGAUCCAAUUUAGAAGGAAGGGAGUGUCUACUAGGCAUAAAUGGGUUAACCCCCUGAGGAUCUUUGACAUUUAGGAGACUUUAUAUUUACCAUCCGUCCUUUCUGUCUGUCCAUGUGAAUAACUGGGCCCUGUGAUGUCUAAAACAAACAAUGAAUGUUGGUCAUGCAGAAAAGUUUUGCUCUGUGAUGGCUCAUAUGGUGUCGGUAUAAAGGCUUGAUGUUUAUUUUCCCCUACCGGUUUCACCGGAGGGGACUUAUGGUUUGCGCUCUGUGCGUCUGUCAGUCCGUCAGUCUGUCUGUCACACUUUUCUGGAUCCUGCGAUAACUUUAAAAGUUCGUAAUAUUUUUUCAUGAAACUUGAAACAUGGAUAGAUGGCAAUAUGGACAUUAUGCAGGUCAUUUAAUUGUGUUCCUUUUUCAAUAAUUCUGGUUGCUAUGGCAACAAAUAUAUAUAUAUAUAUAUAAAUACUGACAAUGGUGGAGUUUCACCGGUAGGGGACAAUAUUGCUUGGCAAUAGUCUUGUUACAUUUGGAAUGCUCAUUUUCGCUAUUAUCGCUUAUGUAUCAUGUUAUGACUAAGUCAUGAUUACAUUCAUUGUACGCAUCAUAUUAGGGUCUGUGGUGUCUCAUUGUUUUUAAACAGACCCAUUAUUUAGAUUAUUCUGCUUUCAUUAACAUUUCGGCAUAGCGCCUUUAUUACACUGUUUCCUUUAAUUUGACAUCUUUUGACAGCACGUUUUAAAAAAAUAAAGUAAAUGUUUAUGAAAGUCAAAGGACGUUGCACAUGAUGACGUCAUGAACAACAUUAUUUGGCUCCUAAAAAAACAUUAAAAUACGCCAAAAAUGAAUUAAAUAAAAGAUGUACCGGUAGUUAAUAGAGUUUUUCAAAAGUUUUGAUAAAGGUGCAAUGCCCAAACAUCAAUGAAAGGAGUAUAGUCAAAGGAUGAAUUAUUAUUUAAUAUCUCUUAGGAUAAUAACUCUGAAACCUAUUCUUUUUAGCUCGGCUGUUUUCGGAGAAAACCCGAGGUAUUGUCAUAGCCAGCUCUUCAUCCGCCGUCCGCAUCAUGCUAAAACCUUGACAUUGGCUCUAAAAUCAAAGUGCUUCUACCUACAACUUUGAAACUUCAUAUGUAGCUGCACCUUUAUGAGUUCUACAUGUCACACCCAUUUUUGGGGUCACUAGGUCAAAGGUCAAGGUCACCCACAGCCGAGCGUUGGCACCUGCUAUGCGGUGCUCUUGUUUAAGGCUCUUACCUUGGUGGCUGUGCCCAUCUUGUAUGUGUGAUCUAGUGUUAAAAAAGCCACCAUAAAUAUUAUUUAAUAAUUGUAGAUCUGAUGGUUUAAUGUGUAAUUCUUUUUAUUGUGUUAUUUCUAUAGUUGAUUUGUAUAUAUUUAUGACGUGAAUAAAGUGCAAGAAGUGGUAA